AGUUGGUAAACACUGAGGAGUGAAGGUCCGUGGAAGUUUCCUUGGGAGUCCUGAGGUUUAACGAGAAGGUCGGAGGACAAAGAGAUGUAGAAUAUCCAGUGAGCCAUCGUCACCUUGAUGUCCUCAUCCUCGCCUUCGCUCCAUGUACAGUAACGCUGACUCACCCUGAGGAUUUACUGGAUCAAUAUGAGAUCACUCAUGAUGUCAGCAGACAGCGCAACGGAGACACCACAGAAGAAGAAGAAGCGAAGUAGAGAAGGGGGAGCGCAGACUCUCAGUCAUUAGGUGAAUCUGGAGCAUUACGUCAUGUCAGAAGACACCCACCCCCCUUCCUCCUCCUCCUCAUCGUUCACCCUCCUCCUCCUCCAGCGCUUCUGUGCAGCAUCCGAGCUCCCUGAUUGGUCCCUCGUCCAGUGGCCUAUAAAUCCCAUUGGCUGAUGGGAAGUCAGCUGCCGCGGACCUGACAGAGGACAGGAGGGAGAGAGGGAGGGAUCCUUCAGAUAAAAGCGGCAGCAGCAGCAGGACUCGGCCCGCCCUCAUCUGGAUCACCAAAACAUCAGCGGACCGGAGACCGCCCGCUUCUACCGGACUCAUUCUGCCCGGGCUCUGUGAGGCUCUGCCCGGCUCUGUGAGGCUCUGCCCCGGGCUGUGUCUGCAGCUGCGGCUGGGAGCAGGAGGAGCAGCAGGCGGAGGAGCAAGUAUUUGUGUAGAUGAAACUCCGAGCAGCCUUCUGGAGGCACGUGUCAUCACUAUUUAUCCUGCGCCACAGCCCAGUGCAUCAUGGGAUCUGAAGUUCUCUCCAUUCUCCUCCUCUCCCUGGUCAUAGCAUCAGCGUGUGCUGAAAUGAGUGGGACCAGCCAAGGUGGCGCUGUGCUGUGCCCUCUGCAGUGUGUAUGCGAGACGCGACCGUGGUACACCCCACAGUCUGUGCAUCACCAGGCCAGGACAGUCGACUGCAAUGAACUCCAUCUGCAGAGAAUACCAGCCAACAUAUCUGCUGAUACGCAGGUGCUGCUGCUGCAGAGUAACAACAUCUCCUCUAUAACUUCUGAACUGCAGAGUCUGACCAACCUGACAGAGCUCGACCUGUCUCAGAACCACUUCACACAGGUGAGCUCCAUGGGCCUGUCCUCUCUUGGCCGCCUGGUGACUCUAUACCUGGAAGAGAACCACAUUGAGGAGCUGGAGGACUUCUGUCUGAGGAACCUCUCCAGUCUGGAAGAGCUCUACAUCAACCAUAACCACAUCUCUUCUAUUGGACCCAAAGCCUUUGCCGGCCUCACCAACUUGCUGCGGCUCCACCUGAACUCCAACCGUCUGGUGGCUAUCGACAGUCGCUGGUUCGAGUCUCUGCCAUCCCUGGAGAUUCUGAUGAUUGGGGAAAACCCCAUCCUGGGUCUUGAGGAGAAGAACUUCUUGCCUCUGUCCCGCCUCCACAGCCUGGUCCUGGCAGGAAUGGGACUGGCCUCUGUUCCCUCUGCUGCUUUCUUGGGCCUGGACUACCUGGAGAGCCUCUCUUUCUACGACAACCGGCUCAGGUCUGUUCCUCGCGAUGCUCUGAGCGUGCUCCCAAACCUGAAGUUCCUAGACCUGAACAGGAACCCGAUUGGCCGAGUCCAGCAGGGAGAUUUCCAGAACCUUGAGCACCUGGAGGAACUCAGUCUGAACAACAUGGAGGACCUGCUGAUGGUGGAGCGAGCAGCUUUUCAAAACCUUCCAGAACUUGCCAAAUUGGAGCUCUGCAACAACCCACGCCUCUCUUACAUGGACCCACAGGCCUUCAGUAACCUGCCCUCCCUCCGGACUCUCCUCCUCCAUAAUAACCAGCUCAGCCUCCUCUCUGGAGACCUCCUCUCCUCCCUCCGUUCUCUCGAGGAGGUUUCUCUUCACUCGAACCCUCUUCGGUGCGACUGCCUCUCCUCAUGGGGGCCUCACCUUGGCAACCAAUCACACCUCAAGCUGCUGGAUUCCUCCAUUACCAUCUGCUCCUCCCCGCCUCACCUGAUCGGUCAGGAGCUGCGGGAGGUGGUGGCGGUUGGAUGGGGCGGAGGCGGUACCAACAGCUGCCUGCCUCACAUCAUUCCUCACGCCUUCCCCCCGACCAUAAACGUCAGCACAGGGCAGCCAAUUACGCUGGAGUGCUGGGCAGACGCUGACCCCGCCCCACAGUUCUAUUGGGUGACACCAAAUGGUGACAAGGUGAGCUCAGAGGCGGUGGCUUCACCAAUCAUAUCAGAGGAGGGGCGUGGCCUGAGCAGGAGGAAGAAGAAGCAUCGGAUGUCAGAUCCUGGUGCGCUGGUGAUCGAACACGCAGAGCCAUCAGACGCAGGUGUGUACACCUGUGUGGCUUGGAACAUCGAAGGAGCAGACACCAAGAGUGUCGCGGUGUUCGUAGACUCUCAGGGAUAUGCCGGCUCUUGGUCUGGUGGGGGGAAUGACCCCAGCAGAGAGAGGACCCGGUUGGGGAACUCAUCCAGUGGUGCAGGGUCUCUGGUGGUGCUCGCUAAGGUGGUUCACGCCCAGUCUGUGGUGUUGGAGUGGAAGUUAUAUCCCAGCGGAGGAGCUUCAGCUGUGGGUUCAAACCAUCAUGACAUCCCCGUCCCUCUUCCCCGGUGGACCAGUGCAACCGUGCACAUUGACAACCCUCAGAUCAGCUACACAGCCAAGGUUCCAGUUGACGUGCAGGAGUACAACCUGACUCAUCUCCUUCCUGCCACUGAGUACCACGUCUGCCUUACUGUCUCCUCCUCUCCUCCUCAACCCACCUCUCCUUCUUCCUCUCCUAGCACCUCCCCUACCCCUGUGUCUCCUUCCUCCUCCUCCCUACCCUCUGGUCCCGUCCACACCUCCUGUCUGAACAUCACCACUAAAGAGGCGGGUUUCUCGGUGGAGCUGGUGGCUUCGCGCCGCAGCAGCGUGGCACUGGCGGCCGUCAUGGGCUCCAUGUUCGCUUUGUCAAUCAUGGCGCUGCUGGUGGUGUACAUGGGCCGGCGCGUGCAGCAGCACAAGUCCUGCGGCCACUCGCUGAAGAAGUACAUGCAGCACGCCACAUCCAUCCCUCUGAAUGAGCUUUACCCGCCGCUCAUCACGCUGUGGGAGAGCGAGACCGAGAAGGACAAAGACGACAAGGAGGAGGAGGAAGACAGGGAGGGGGGAGCGAGGGGUGAGGAGGCAGGGGGGAGUCAGAUCGACACCACAAAGACGUACAUGUGGUAGCUGAAGGAGGGUGGAGGGGGAGGUUUGACAGACACUCGGGGGGCAAGAGGACCACAGGAGUGACACUGUAUGGAUGAAAAGGGUCAUGUGACUCAGCGAGGAGCCUGACAGUCAGGUCAGGUGUGUGAACUGAUUAAAGCAGCAGGACACCCAUCUCAGCUUUCUUAAGGGACUUUUUUUCAUGCUUCAGCCCAUCUAUUCCAAAGCAGCACACUCCCGCUAAUCACCUCCCAUCCUCAGCUGUCAAUCUGAUCGAUUUCCUUUCUUCCAGUUCAGCACUUGCAACCCAGGUAGAAUCAGCUGUAUAGGUGCCUUUAAAUCAGUUCAUUUAUGCAGUUUAAAUUGAGUUUUCUCUAAUCAUCAAGCGACAAAACCUAAGUUAUGAAAAACUGCAGUUCCUCUAGUGGCCACUUGAGGCCGGCUCCACCGGUGAGUCCGUCCCCAUAGACUCCCAUGUUAAAAUGUCUACUUUUACAGCAGAAAUAAACAUGUUUACUGCCUGCCACAAAAAACGGUUUUGGCCUCUAUGGAUAGUUUCCCCUUCAAUUCAACCAUGCAGAGGUUCUUAUUUUUAAAAACUCCUUCAUCUGGAUGCUUUUAAGGCCUUAAAAUUAGGGUCAUGACUGCUUUGACAAGUGUCCUAAUACAGAAGCUGGAGCCACUUGGUGUCUAUUAAUCUAAACACUUUCAAAACCAAAGGGAAAAAAAAUGUGGAUUCCAAUUUUAAUCACAAAUUUACUUUAUGUGGCAUAAAAAAUUACCGUCUGCAUUUUUUUCUCUCAAAUCUGCUUUUUAAAUAAUGAUAAAAGUCAUCCAGUGACCUUGACAUGUGUAAUGAUCACUAGAACCAGUCAGGAGCCCAGCAACAGUUAACUGCAGUCGUUCAGCCCAGAGGUAAUUAAAUAAUGAGUGACCUUUUCGAUUAAAGGAACGAUCUGAAUACCAGAACCAAAAUGAUAUGAAAUGCUAUCGAGUGCACUUCAGGCAGGCUGAAUGAUUUAAGUUUUAUAUUUUAUUGAGUUUGAAGAAUCUUAGCAUUACACUGUUUUUAAUAUCAGCCAGGACUCUGAGAGAGUGGGGAGAAAAAACUUUAAACAGGAAGAAACCUCUGACAGGAUUAGGGACGCACACUUCAACUGGCUGUGCGUGCUGGGAUCUGUGCGAGGAUAAAAGUGGACGUCUGGUUUGUGUUGCGUGGGCUGAAGCAUGAAAAGACGAUGAAAGUUUCCGUUUUUGGGGGGGUCACUUUUCUCAAAGCAUCCUUCUUCUCCUGUCAAACCGGAGCAGCUGAACAGUCUGUGAGACAGAUUUAACACAGACACAUGGAAGGAAGUCGCUGGAUUUGUUUUUCCUCAGAUCAGCUUCUCAAACGAUGGGUUGGGGUCCUGUUGUUGGGCCGGCAGCUGGUUUAAACUGGGCAUUUCUUCUGAGGAGAGCCCAGUGAGUCCGGAUGGUUUCACCUCUGCCCCCUCCCUUCUUUCUCUCCCUGUCUCGUCUCUGUCAAGCACACUGACAGUAGCUCUACUGUUAAAAAAAAAUGAUUAUUGUAAUUUAGUUCAUCUGAUGAACACAAAUGCAGCACUAACACUCAGCACAGUGUGCAAGAUCUCACUUUAAAUACCUUCAGAGACGGUUAAAGGUCCCGUAUUCAGGUUCACACAUCAGCCUGACGAAAACGAGCUCGCAGGCGUUUUAGAGUCUGGUGCUGAACUUCACACAAACCUCUUUCACAGCAAUGAAACCGAUUUGGGUUUUUUUUUUAAAGUUAACUCAUUUUGUAGCUUUCGGAGUGUGACAGCGAUGCUCAGAAGUUGAUCAGGGAGAAGAAAACGCUUUGAUAUAUGAUAUAUCCGUCUGAUGUAUCUGUCUGUUAUCGGCUCAGUUGACUGAUGCUGGCAGAUGAGAUUUCUCAAAGAGUUAAAAAUUGUGUCAUUUAACGCAACAACAGACUAAAAACAUGUCGAGUCAGCUUAUUUUAAACAUUUCCCAGAACUUCCCAACAGGAGCGUCCAUGAAAGCUGUCGGAGCGUCAGUCACUGAACACUCUGAGCCUAGUUUCAUGUUCUGUUUUGGUUUCAUACUAAAAAAGCUACAGGACAUAACUCUGACUGUUGAUGCUGGUUGUGUCUGCUGGUGUUGUGAUCUCAGCGGGUGGCGAUCUAUCAGUGUUUGAAUUAACAGCGGGUAAUUAAUGAACAGAUUCUCUCGAAUUCGCUCCAAAAACACCUGAAAAGUCACGAAUUUUUAAAAACUUAUUGAAUAAACUAAAUAAAUAAAACCAAAAACAGGACUGCAGGUUACAGCCAGCUCAGCUAAUGAUAGGUAAACAAAAGUGGAAGAAAUAACUGAGGAAAAAGUGGCAGCUUCAUCUCCUCUGGCUUUAUGUUCAGUUUUCUCACCGCUCACAGCUUUAUGUCGUGCAGCAGGUGAGAUAUGGUUUGAUUUGGGGCGGCUGGGCUCAGGAGGUAGAGCAGAUCAGCUGCUAACUGGAAGGCUGGAGGUCCUUGAAGUAUCCUUGGGCACAACAGUGAACCCUAAGUCGCCCUCGAUGCAUCCAUCAGAGUGUGAGUGUGUGACUCUUAGGUUAUAGGCCUCUGGUGUGAUUGAGGCUAUUAGUAAGAAAGCGCCAUGAGCGAUCAAAUAGAGUAGAAAAUUCCAAUAACCGGCUUUCCCGCCUCCUUUUUAUUCAGUUCAGAGGCUUUUUUAAAUGAAUAAAACAAGGACGUCAAGAGCAGGUUCACCUCCACACUCAACCAAAACUCUAAGAUUACUCUAAUGAAAGUAAUCUACUUUAGUUACAGCAUCUAAUCUUGUUUCAGUACAUCAGCUUGUCUGCUAUUUCUGUAUUUGACGCUCAGCUAAAGCGCACAGCGCAGUGUGGAGGUUUUAGAAGAGCGGAUCCUGAACCUGUGAGAGGAAUUUGUAACGGCAAAGAUGGUGGAAGAAGUUUGUUUCGGUGUAAAGUCAGCAAACCUUUAAUUGUGUUUCAUCAGAUUUUACUGGUGAUUCUUUACACGCAGCUUUUAUGCCAUGUUGACCGUUAAAGGUUAAGUUUCUUUAAAUAAUGCUUCAGAAAAACUGUCCCAAAAGGCGCCCAGAGGUGUUUCUGGGUGGAUGCCGAGUGGCAACAUUUGUGCUGCGUCUCAAACAGCUUCUUACAUACUUCUAGUGCGAUCUUGUCUGUUGGGACCCUGUGCAGGUUUUUUUUGGAAGAAAUCUACAACUUUAAAACUAUUUCAUCUGCUAAAAGCAAAACAAACAAUAUUUAUAUGUUUUCCAGCUGUACUUUUAGAACUUGAUGUCCAUCCUCUUUCAGGUCAGCUUCAAACCAAACACAAGACUCCACUUCCUGUCUGAAUACAGGACCUUUAAUCCUCCUGAAACCCGUCGCCGGACACACUUGUCUUCAUCAGCAGCAUGAAUGCAUAACCUUUAUAUAUUUGACUGCAUCGGGAACAGCGCUCUGCGCACAGACACUAAUGGUGACCGUGUUCUGCUGCUGUUUGUUCGCUAAUGCAGAGCUGUAAUCUCUUUUCUAUCAUGUGACGUCCUCUGGGUUUGUGGGUGACGCCGCACCGGGAGGCGGGUGCUGCUGCAUGCCUUUGCACUCAUGUUUAGGACUGUUUGUAUAAAACCAUGUCCGUGUGACAGCCUGCAAACUGCUGGAGGAGCGAGGAUCCAGCGUUACACUCCGACUCUGACCACAAAUACUCUGCUUUCACCAAAAGUGACUGAAAUGCAGACUUUGAGCUUAAAUUCAAGAGCUUUCAGAACAAGAUUACGUUCAUUGUUUAGGAAUUACAACCAUUUUUAUACACCAUCCUCCAGAGGAUCAACAGUAAUUUGACAAAGUAGCAAUUUUUAAUAUAAGAAUUCUUUUCCAUAUUUGAAAUAUUAGGAAGUCUAGGAAUAAUACUGUGUUUCCUUCCUUUGUUCUGUUCGUGAAACCUUUGAAUUAAAGCUGGAAGUUUGCACUUCAGUCACAUCUCGAUUGUCUGAUUUUAAAUCCACUGUGGCGACGAAACAGGAGAGGCAGAUCUUGGGAUUUUCUUCUCAUAAGUACAGGAGAGAUUUUUUUGUUUUUUUAAGUCUCGGAUCUCAUAACUGUGAAGCAAUAAUAUAAAACUAUACAGAGGUACUUAUGAGAUCUUUUAAUUCUAACGUACAGAGCUUAAAAUUUAGUUUCAUUCAUCUAGUUUGAGUAGCUGGACAAAUAAAUCAGGGGCCAGAAAAUUAAUCGAUCGUUUUGAUCGGCUAGUUUUUUUUAAUUUCAUUUUUUUCUCAACCUCGACGUUUCUUGUUAGAAUCAAAGUAGGAUGAAUAUUUUUUGAGCAGUAACGAGAAUUACAGAAUUUCUUCUAACUGUCUCCAAGUUUGGAUUUCGUUGGUGAAUGCAGAGUUUGCCUUCACUCAGUUGUGAACACGAUGGCUGUUUGUGCCAUAAAAAAUGAAUUUGUUUCCUAAUUAAAUAAAUCCAUAAUCCCAAAUAAACUUUGUAAUAUCUGAUAACUGAUGGACAAAGACCAGACCUCAAAAUUCAAGAAAGUUGAGCCACUGUGAUGGCCGUCAUGUCACAUGACCAGUGGAACAUAAUUUGAUUGGUUUGAUUUCAGACAGAGCCGAUUCCCUGAUGUCCCAGAUCUUUAAGAUGACUCAGAUUUGGGGGUUUUUUCUUCUUGAAUACUCGAACAAAUGUUAUUUGAAUUUGUAAACCUUUAUCGAGAGGCAAUAAAUAAAUUCCCGCACUUUUACACCUGAAACAGCAGUGGGACAGAUUCACCUUGUGUUGAUCCUCCUACAGAUCCUCAGUUUGCAGGUUUUGUUGUUCAGACUUUCAGCCAAAUAUUCCCUCAGCUGUCUGUCAACCAAAACACUUCAGGAACAAACACCCAAAGGAUGGUCUGGGCAUUUCAAAGAGUAUGAACUGUAUAUACAAACAUCACAUGCUGUUUUAAAGGUGUCUCUCUGGUUCUGCACUGUGAUGAUGUUCUGCUUUAAACUGAAGCCAUUCUGAGAUAAACUCUAAACUAAAAUCUAAGAUUUUAACCAAAAACUCAACAUUUCUGCACAUUCCUGGUUUCAGAUUUGUCUCUAACAUACAAAGUGAUCACUGAACAUUUUUCUCUUUGAGUUUCAAGCUUUUUUUCUUGGAAACUGCAAAAUGCAAACCUCACUCAGUGAACUCGGCGCCUCUGAGUCUCUCAGACACAAAUGUAAUUGACUGCUGUUUUUUAACGAUCUUUAAAACAGACGAUUUAAUCACCAAAAUACCAACUGAAGCAAAAGCAGCAGCCCGACACUGUGCACCACGACCAAGGCUAAACAUGCCCUCCUUUAUCCAUGAUUUGAACCUCUGGAUCCAGAAGGACAUCUGGCUCUGGCUCUGGGUUACUUUGUGAAAUUUCCUUGAGAGCAUCAAACUGUUACCUCCCAAAGUCUCCUUUGAUGAAUGAUGUGAAAUGUGCAGUUUUGUCCAUUGUCCCAGUGGUACAGAAUACUGAAAAUUCCUGGCUCCAGAUCCGGAUCAACUCCAAAAGUUAUUCAUUUUUAACCUGGAUCUAGCUGAACUGUCAGUAACGUUUAAAUGCAGAUCCAUCCAUUGGUUUUUAAGCAAUCCAAGAAACAAACAGACAAACCAGGCCAACUGUGUAACCUCCUUGAUGUUUGAAACAGCAGAAACAAGAAGCAGCUCAAAAUAACCUUCUGUUCAUAUUUACAAAACCAAAAUGUUAUUUUGUUUGUUUGUUUUGUUUUUUUGCAUGCAGCUCAGGUCGCUCACCGCGUAGAAACAGGAGCAUCGCUUUCAGCUUGCUCUAUUUGACAUCCGUGUUAUGUUUUCCUAUCAGAAGUAGGAAUGUCAAAGAUGUGUGUUUUCUUCAUGAGCUCUCAGCUUCUUGACAAAUGUUUUUCUAUUUCUGUCAAACAACUCCUGGACUUUACUCUGUGAUGGACUGGUCACCUGUCCAGGUGUACCGCACCUUCUGACCACUGACAGCUGGGAUGGGCUCACCGCCUUGUGACCCAGGGUUAGAUACAUGGUUGAGUAAAUGGAUGGAGUGAUGGAUUUAAUGGGUCUUUCUACUUUUCUGUCUAAACCCAGUUUAAUGAAAAUGAAAUACACCUCGUUGCAGUUGCAGAUUUUUUUAAAAUUCAGAUGGUUAGUUAUCUCCUAGUUUAACAUCUCCUUGUUUCUGAAUGCUUUCCUUUGUUAAACAUGCGAAAAAAAAUAAAGCCCAAUAACUGUGGACAUGUGGCUCCUGUUUAAAUUCGUCCUGCUGGCUUUUGAAAUCAAAGAAUCCCAAUAUGUUUUGGUUUUGUAAAUGUGAGCAGAAAUCUGAACCUUCAAACCUGAUAAGUUGUUAGGGGCGCCCUCUGGUGUCCAUCACAGCGAACAACAAGCAGAACCAGCGACACGUCACACAGCUUUUCAUUAAUCUCCACACUUAUAUCCAGGGUAUUUUGUAUAAAGUGCAUCACUCUAUAUUUGAAGAAUUGCUUAUAUUAUUAUUGUUAUUAUUAUUAUUAAUAUUAUUAUUAUUUACUCAACACUGAGCACCAACUGUAACUAAAGAUAUGUGUGUGUGGGAGGGGAAAUUAUAUAAAUACACUUUG